AUGAGAGGCUCCCCGCAGGGCCGGCCCCGCACAGCAGGGCCGGGCAGGUGCUUCCCGUUUGGCUGCCGAAGAGCCGAGAGUUCACAGAUUGAGGAACGAGCCCAGGGACCCGGCCAGCCCGUGCGGGCGCUGGGACCGGAGCCCAGGUCCCGGGUUCGCCGCGCGACUCCCGACUUCCUCUCCUUUCGCCCAGCGGGGAGCUCGGCCACCGCAGAGAGGACAGAACAGCUGCAUAGCUUCGCCAGUGAGAGCCUGGACGCCUCCGCCUCUGCCUCAGUGCAGCACCUCAUCCCACUGCACGGUGUGGUCAUGGUGUUCCUGCCCCAGCUGCUCCUUCCUGUGUGUGGCUGGAUCUGUGGACUGCUCAGCUCCCUGGCCCAGAGAGCGCCUCUGCUGCUCUCCACCCGCUGCUGCUUCCUGCUGGGGCCCUGGGGGAGUGCCCUGACCCUGGCAGGGGUCAGCAUCUACGUCAGGUACACGCACCCGGCCUUCACGGAGACUGCACGGCAGUACGGCCCGAAGCACGUGCGGGGUGUUUGCAUCAGCUUCGGCUGGUCCCUGGCCCUGGCCUGGGGCUUCUGCACGUCGGAGGCCCUCGACGGAGCCCUCCUGGUCUCAGCGCUGAGACCCCCACUCUGUGGUCAUCCGAGUCCCCAGCAGGUGGGAGGGAGUGAUGAGAAGAGUUCAGAAAAGAGGAAGUAA